AUGAAGUCAACAGCCGUUAUGGCUGUCGCAGCCCUCGUGGCGCCUCUGGCAUCCGCCAUCCCACUACUCCCUCGCUCAGAUAAUGCCCGAGUCAUUUCAUUACCCAUAGAACGAAGGCAUGUCCCAGACAUUCUAGCCCACGAACGCCGCCGCUUAGGUAAACGCCAAAACGUGGUGGAACAGAUCCUCGACAACGACCAGGCCCUAUACUAUGCCAACCUGUCGAUAGGCACUCCCCAACAAGCCCUCCGUCUGCACAUUGACACCGGUAGCUCCGACCUUUGGGUCAAUACUGCCGAUUCCACCUUCUGCUCUUCGUCCCAAAAUCAGUGUAACGGUGGUACAUAUUCCUCCAGCGCCUCUUCGACCUACAAGCUUGUGAACAAUGAGUUUAAUAUCUCAUACGUUGACGGCUCCGCGGCGCUUGGCGACUACGUCAGUGACACACUACACUUCGGCGGAGUGACCCUCGAGAACUUUCAGUUCGGUAUCGGCGAGACGUCCUCUUCCGAGGAGGGUGUUCUGGGAAUCGGAUAUACUUCCAAUGAAGUCCAAGUUGGUCGAGCAGGAUUACAACCCUACCCCAACCUACCCGCAGCCCUGCUUGAGGCUGGUCACAUACGAUCAAAUGCCUACAGUCUAUGGCUCAACGACCUCGACGCUUCAACCGGCGAAAUCUUGUUCGGCGGCGUCAACACCGCAAAGUACCAAGGGUCACUGGCAACGGUACCCGUGAUUCAGACUUAUGGCGGAUAUUACGAACUCGUCGUCGCGCUGACCGGUUUGAAAAUCAACGGUCAAGAUCUAUCCAACUCCAAUGCACUCCCAGCUGGUGUGCUCCUGGACUCUGGUGCUACCCUCACCUAUCUCCCCAACGACAUCACCUCCCUGAUCUACAACGAAGUUCAAGCCGUCUACCAAGAUAGUGUCGGUGCCGCGUACGCCGAGUGCACUCUCGCCUCGUCCUCGGCGACUCUCGACUUCGAAUUCUCCGGCCAGACCAUCCGCGUUCCGUAUAACGAGCUCUUCCUCGACGCCGGCACCGACAGCCGUGGCAACCCCCUGACCUUCACCAACGGCGAGCAGGCAUGCCUGUUCGGCAUCGCGCCCGCGCAAGGCGGCAUCUCCGUCCUCGGCGACACAUUCCUCCGCAGCGCCUACGUGGUGUACGAUCUGGCCAACAACGAAAUCUCUCUUGCGCAAACCGUCUUCAAUGCGACCGCCAACGACAUCCAGGAGAUCGGCACCGGCACCAACUCCGUCCCCAACGCCACUCCAGUCGCCAGCCCCGUCACAUCCGUCGUCGCUGAGAGUGGCGGCGCGCGUCUCGGCGGAGCCACGGGCACCGCCACCGGCGGCAUCAACAGCCCAACGGGCGCAAGCGGUAAUGCCGCUUCCAUGGACAAAUCCGUGCCGCUGCUCGGCUUGUUCGUCGCCGCAGCACUCGCGGCCCUAUCAGCCUUGUGA